UUGGAUGAACGUGAAAUUUGUUGAGAAAAAUAGUUGAGGACAAAAAAGUGUUGAUUUAAAUUGAACUGUGUUCUAAAAACUUAUUUUAGAAAUUUGUCAACAAUUUAUUACAAAUUGAAACUAAGUUUACCUUAAAAUCGGAAAAGUUCUACGAAAUUAGUCAGAACAUUGUAGUUAUUAUAUUUGCAAUUGUAAAAGUGACUAUUAUUGACUAUUGAGAUUCCAAUUAAUCCAAAAAAGAUGUCGACUAAUUUCCUUCGUGAUGAAUUCACUGACAUUUUACGGAAGUGGGCAGCUAAGAUUUUUGAGAAGACCGUUGCCGUCUCAAGCGUCAAACCGCCGGGACCGGACUGGGGAAACAUUGGCACCAGGAAAAUCGAGCAUGUGUUCAGAAGACUUUUUCGAUACACCGAAAACUUGGAACAGAAAAUGGCCUGUCUACAGCCAACCUUAACCGAAUUCCUAGUUGCCAAUUUCCCGAAAAUAAAAGUGUCCUGGGAAGUGGAUGGUAGUCUUAACCUCGUUGACUACGGGGUAGUGUAUGGAUUGCUGACUUAUUUCGUAUGCUGCAGAAUGGAAGUUGAACUGGCGAUGAACGAAUUUAAAAAUAUGGACGACGACCAUCGGAGUGUUGUCAGUCGAUUCUUCCAACAAAUAGUGUCAGCCAACGAGCAUCAAUUGACCAAAGAUGAUAUCGUUGGUUUCAUGGAAAAAAGUGUUUUACAAACCACACAUGAGCCACCGGAAAAUUCGAUGAUUGAAGUUGUGUCAAGACCGCAUAUGACAACUGCUGAAGAGCUGCUGAACAAAUUACAUGCUGAGAAUAGGAGGAUAUUGGCAAGCCUCAACACGGAACGAGAUUUGUGGGAGUUUGAAAAAGAUGAGUUCCAAUUGUUAAUCGAAAAUUCGAACAAGGAGCAGGAAAGGCUGAACCGUUUAAUUAGGGAAUUGAAAAGAGAGAUCGCUGAGACUCUCAAUGAAAACCACGUCGAAAUCGAGACAGAAUCUAAACGUCUGCAGCUUGAGGUAAAUGAGAAAAGCGCGGUAAUAGAUAGCCAACGAGAUGUAAUAGAUAGCCUACGUGCCAAAAAUGAAGAUCUCGAAUUGGAAAUCGAACGUGGCAUCGACUUUGGGCAUAUCGAAGAGAACAAAAAUUGGAAGACCGACCAAACUUCAAUACAAUACGAUGACAUCGGCAUCCAGACGUCGAUCGAUGUUGCAGACCAGAGUCAAACAACAAAUAACGAUCUGACGCCAUUAGAACCGGAAACCAUGAAUGACAUAUUUUUCAACGACCUUCACGAGACGGUUGACCAGUUGAAUAGCAUAAUCAAGACAUUGGAAGAUCAAUUAAAAAGUGUGAAGGAUCAGCAUGCUGCCGAAAUUACUGAAAUAGAAAAAAAGUUCAACGAUAAGAAUGAGAAAGUUCGUCUUUACAAACUUUCCUUAAAGACUGAAAAAAAGAAAGUCAAAGAUUUAACCGAGGACCGCAAUCAACAGGUUAACAAGAAGAAAGUUUUAGCCAGAAGAGUGAAAGUGUUGGUCAACGACAAACGUUUGUUGAUGGAUCAGAAAAAACAAAUUGCAAAAGAGUUGGAAGAAAAAAUUUGUCUAUAUAACUAUCUCAAAAGAUAUUCGGAUGAGCAUAGUGUGAAGAAUCUUCUCCUGGAAGAGGUAUUCAGACUCCAACAGAUUUUCGCAAGAGCAAUGGGCUUAGGACGAAAUUCGAAAGAUGAAUUUCUCGAAUUUACAAAGACCGAACACCAGAAAACAUUUGAAAUGGCAACAAGUGUAUCGAUCGUUGCUGCCAUUUUAGGCCUUGCCGCAAUGUUUGCUACGAAAUGCAUACAGAAUGCCUAAUUAUGAAAUCAGUUGUGAAUGCAUUUUGUAGUACAGUCGAUAAUGAAUUAAAAAUGUGUGAUUUCAGUAUACGAGAAUGAUGUU